CCAUAACCUAUCAGAAUAUCAAAAUAUCAAUUAAAGGUGCCAGAAAUAAUUAUGUUUCGUGGACAGUAUAACGUGAAGAUGUUUAUUAGAUAAUGGAACAUUAUUAAGAUAAAAUUAUAUUAUUCUAAUGUACAAGUUUUAACAAAGAUAUUUGUGCAAAAUGAGUUCCUUGUAUUUCUAUGUAAACUUUUUAAGAGAAUUGACAAAGUUAAUGAAACACAAUUACAAUUAUAUACUUUUUUACAUAUUUAUACAUUAUGUAUUUUACAAACUUAAAUGUUUAAUUGAUAUAACACUUAAGUGGAAAGUGUUGGCCGCUCAUGAAUUUAAAGAUAUAGCGAAGCAAUUUUAUAACACAGAAGAGUUUUAUAUAGACUGCAAUUCUUGUUUAUUAGCAAAUAUAAAAUGUUUUAAAAUAUCUACUCCAACUUGGUUUUAUGUAUGUUCUACGGUAUCUUUCAAAAAGUACAAAUUAUUAGUUAUACCGCUAAGUGAUGCAAAUAUAAAUGAAGUAUUUGUAAAUGAAAUUGUUAAAUAUAACAUAGAGAAUGCACUUCAAUGCACUGUUGACAAUUGUUUUUUAUUCCCAAUAAAGGAUAAUACCAUUAAUUUUGCUACAGAAGCAAAAAUUUCUAUGGUUUCAAAUUCCUAUGAAUACUCAAAUGACUUGGUCACAGCUGCAUUAGAAGAUUAUUUUUCUGAACCUAAAUACUUGAGAAAAAAUGAUAUAUUUGCUAUCGAUUUGAAGGAACACAUAUAUGAUCAAUUUUAUUCGCACAGUAAUCAUUCAUUGUCUGUGAUAUAUUUUAAAGUUAAUACUGUUAAUGUAAAGAAAGAUAUGAAUUGUACAGUUGGAUGCAGUUGUUACAUUUUACGUGGAGAGACAACGCUUAUCCAAGAACCAGAUGUACAUAGUUUUUUACCUCAAAGGCAUUCUUACCUUGAUACCAAAGAGAAUUUAAUGGAAUUAUAUCCAUCAAGUUUUGCACAAUUUUUAAAACGUUUAGAAGACUGCAUCUUGCCGUUUAUCAAAUGUGAUAUUAAAUUACCCAUAAGGCCCAUAUUUCUAAUUAAGGGUUCACAAGGUUCCAAUAAACGUAAACUAAUUCAAACUGUAUCAGAAAGACUGGGUUUAAAUUUCCUUGCUACGGACUUGGCUGAUGUUCAAGCUUUAACAUCAGCACAGACUGAGGCUAAAUUACGUAUUGUACUGCAUAAUGCUAAACAAGCAGUGCCAUGUAUACUUUGUUUAAACAACAUAGAAGUGUUUGGAAAAAAUUCAGAAGGUCAGAAAGAUGAAAGAAUUAUAUCUACCUUCUCGGCAGAAGUGAAUGCGUUGUAUAACAAGCAUUCAAAGUAUCCAGUUAUCAUAGUUGCAACCACAAAUGACUCUGACAUACCAGCCGAACUAAACAGAAUGUUCAUCGAAACGAUUCAAAUGGAGCAUUUAAAUCAGAACAACAGAACAGAUCUAAUUGCAUGGCUGCUGAAGAAACGGAAGUUAAAUUACGAACUGAACCUACCAAAAAUUGCAGGAAUAUGUUCAGACUUCAGAUGCGCAGACUUGAACACGUUAAUACUACAUGCUGUAAAAUUCGAAUACAAACACACUGGUGCAGAUUCAGACUCAUUAAGACUGAGCCAAACAGAUUUCGACAAAGCCUACGAAUACAUGCAGUCAACAUACACCGACAGCAAAGGUGCACCACGUGUGCCAAAAGUUCAUUGGGAAGACAUAGGAGGCUUAGCAGAAUUAAAGCACGAAAUUAUGCGCCGCAUUCAACUGCCUCUCUUAAAUGCUCUCGGUUUUGGCCAGUCCGGUUUACUUCUGUACGGACCACCCGGUACUGGCAAAACACUUCUGGCUAAGGCUGUCGCGACAGAAUAUCAGCUCCACUUUCUAUCCGUCAAAGGUCCUGAGGUGCUCAACAUGUACGUAGGUCAAAGUGAAAAGAACAUCAGACAAGUAUUUGAACGAGCAAGAUCAGCAGCACCAUGCAUAAUAUUUUUCGACGAGCUGGACUCGCUGGCACCAAACCGUGGACGCAGCGGUGACAGCGGGGGAGUGAUGGACCGCGUCGUGUCCCAGUUGCUGGCUGAAAUGGAUGGUCUCGACGGCUCCAAUAACAUAUUCAUCAUAGGAGCCACCAACAGACCGGAUCUCAUAGAUCCCGCGCUCCUAAGGCCCGGCCGAUUCGACAAGCUGUUGUACGUGGGCAUCCACUCCGACCGUGAUUCCCAGCUGAAGGUGCUGGAGGCGUUGACUCGCAAAUUCAAGUUACGCGAGAAUGGUGAAGAGUUAGGGGAGCUCGUAGACCAACUGCCAGAUCACACUACCGGCGCUGACCUAUACUCUGUCUGUUCCAACGCAUGGCUGAACGCCGCGCGCAAAGUGUUGAGCAAAUACGACCAAACCUUGAAGAACCUCGAAGAGUCUACCUUGUGCAAGGUUGAUUUGAACAAGUCUAUUACCGUAGAGCUGGAGGACUUCUUACAAGCUGCCCGUGAACUAGUCCCCUCGGUCAGCAAGGAGGAGGCGGAGAGAUACAAAAGAAUGCAGACGGAAUUGUCCUCGGUAUCUUAACACUAAGACUACUAGAAGGGUCAAAUGACCCAUGAUGUCUUUUUGCAAUUAUUAGAAAGACAAAUGUUUCUCUGAGAAAUGAUUAAAGAAAUUCAUUUAGCACUGCGCAAACUGCAUUGUAAAUCAAUUGAAGUCUGAACAGAUGCACUCUUGGAGUUUCUAUAGCGAAAUUUUCAAAAGUCAAUUGAAGUGCUCGGCAGUUUUAGUGUUAACGGAUAAGCCAUGGGUACAGUUGCUGAGAGCCAAGUUUGUCUAUGGCUUACCGUUUGAGCGCUAUGGGUCUUUGGAAAAUCUUGGUGGCGAUCGCGCUUCUUUCAGUUCAGAAACUGAAUGACGCUUUUCUAUUUUUAUAUGAAAACAUUGUAAAUAGCGCGAUCGUUCCAUUGUUCCUUUUCUAAGCAGGUAAUGAGACAAAUAAAUAAUUAAAAGGACAAGUAAAUACAGUUAAUCUGAUUUUACGAACCAAUAGUUGAUAAUACUAUAAUGCAAAGAUUGUAACGCUAGAUAGUGAAUUGUUGCUACUUUUCUUUGCUACAAAGGAUAACUGUACAGAAAAAUCAAGAUUUCCAUGGCGCUUAACGCGUUAACCCCUUGCCGUACAAUGAGCGAUGAAGGUUUCUAAACUAAUUUAACAAGAAUCAAUGUUCAUUGCUCACGGUUCAAAGCAAACUAUUUUGCUAUUAUCAAUGUAUUAUCUUCAAAUGAAAUUUCCUGAAGUAGAAUGGAAAAUUGUAUUUCUUACAAAUUGCCGAUAGUAAAAUAUACGAGCUCAGCAAUGAAAUAGUACGCCAAGGGGUUAAGUGAAGAGCAAAGGGAGACGACCACUCGCGACGCUCGACCGAAUAGUAAUGACAAAAUUAACGCCACGUGUUUGUCAUCGAGCCGCGAGGUCAAGCGUGCGGUCGAGUGUCCUUACCUUUCUCCACCUUCGAGCCACAGGUCGACUUGAGAUCAUGUCAACACAUUGCGUACUGGUAACGAGAAAUCUCGUUUUUAUACGAAGACUCUUAAUUAUAUAACUUUGCUAUUUACCACAGCAUUUAAAGAAACAUUAAACUUGAUUAGAACUGAUUGUCCAUUUAAAAUAUAUUACAUAACAAUAUAAUACUUUACUUUUUUUAUAGAUAACGAUAUAAGUGGAUCUCACUGAAAAUCCGCGCAAUUCAAUUUUCCGAUAAUUAGCCGGUACGCGAUGUGACAACAACGCGCUGCGCACGAUCAUCGUGUACGGGGGGAAAGAUCUUUCGAUAUUAUAAACGACAGUCGAUCUUUUAUUUCGGGAAAUAUGUAAAACAAUUUUUACAACGAAUAGUUCAAUCAUGGAAGGUAGAUCUACGGUCUAUCCCUAGAUAUUGCACCAAAACGGUUACUCUUAGACGCUAGUGCGUGACGAAGAACAGCAGCAGUGCCUGGUGGGUACCUAUCAUCAUCAUCCUCGAGGGCACGGUCCUUGAACGGUUCCAUCUUUUUCUAUCUUAUCGACGAUGCGUUACAAUAUUACACCGAUCCGAAAUAUACAAUGUAGAAAAAUAGGACAGCUAAAUUCACCGAGUGUCUAUACCGGGCGUGACAUUCAGUAACGAACGAAUCGGGGGGUUUAUACUUUACUGGGCGCGGUUUGUUCAUUGUUUCCAUGCAAGUGUCAUAACGGUUCAAAUAAAGGUGUACGUUCGCUCCAUCGAAAUGUGGUCAGUUUUCUUCCUAGAGGUUCUCGACAGCCGAAAUCGCGGUUCCCUUGAAUUUCCGCGAUUCGUUACUGGGACAAAGGCCAUUCGAAGUGGUGUGUGUACGUGUACUUUCGCGAGCCUGCAACUCGUGCCCCGAUUCUUCGGUUCUCAAUUGGGAUCAAUGUGGUUGCAGAGAGAUUAACACUUUGCACUCGGAAGUUUCUUAGUGGGAAUAUUUUCUGACGAGGCGAAGGUGAUCUUUGAAACUAAAAUCGAAGAAUUGCAAAUUCAUCGAGGAACAACGCUGUUUUAUUCCAAUGAGGCGUUAUGCAGAGUUCAUCGACCCCUUGCCCUAUUCAUUUCUCAACUGUGAUCGAUACAACUACUUUGUAAUGAAUAAUUUAUUGAGAACAGAUUUAGAGGCAUAUUCUAUGUCAAUCUUUGCU